AUGAUUUCUCUCCAACCGGAACAAAAGACCUCGCCAGGGGCCCGUGCACAGGCUGUGACGGAGCCCGCGCUGCGCGUCGUCUCCAGGCCGGUGCCCUCCUCGCAGGCCGAAGACCCGCGAGGCUACCAGCUCGAGCAGCUGCGCCGCCGCUUCUCCCCCAAGGAGUGGGCUGAAGAAUCCGGCUCGACGGUGCUCGUCUUCAAGAUGGCACCGUCGGACCCCGAUUUCCCCUUUGAGCUCGCAUACCUUCACUGUGAGCUGCGCAUCCCUGCCCGCUAUCCGGACGAAAGGCCGUCGCUCCGGGUCAGGAACAGUGACAUGCCGCGAGGCUUCGGCAUCAACAUCGAGAGGGGAUGGGAGAGGCUUGCGGAAGCAAAAAAGGCCGCCACCAUUCUCUCUCUUGUUCAUUCCCUUGACAGGAAUCUCGAAAAAUAUCUCUCGGAGCAAAAGGCCGAGACGGUCAAGCUGGUCACGUUCAAGGACACAAAGGACACGAGACAUCUGGGACCGGCGACGGCCAAGACGACGUCGGCGGCGAGCGAGAAAGUCAAGCCGGAGUCGGCACAAUCGCCGAGGCCGUACGUUCCCGAGGUCGUUUACACGAGGGAGCAGGUCGCCGAGGCCAAGGCGCGGAGAGCGCAGGAAGUACGCCAACUCGAGGCGCGAAUGGGCAGGGUCGCCCGCUUCUCUCGCUCCGCCGACGGCGUCGUCUUCACCAUUCCGAUGGAGCCGAAGCGACGAAGCGACCUUUCGCCAGGGCUCCGGUCCGUAAACAGCCUUCACCUGAUCGUGCCGUUGCUGUACCCCCUCCAGGACCUCCGCGUUCAGCUGAACGAGGCGGAGGCUGUCGACGCCGAGCCGGUCGAGGAUCUCUUCGCCCAGAAGGCGGCGGAGCAGAAGCAGAUGUCGCUAACGAGUCACGUGAACUACCUGGCGCAGAACCUGCACAGUCUGGAGAAGCAAGCACGAACCUUGGCAGCACAGGCUGCGAAGGAGAAGGAGAAAGAGAAGGUCCCGUCGGAGACGCAGGGGUCGGCUCGAGAUAGUCAUGCUGCCGGCGCCUCGGAGCCGGCGACGGCGGGUGAGAAGACGCAUGUCAAGACGAUCCCGCGACCGCCAGAAUGGGAUCGUACUGCCGACGAAGAAGUAGACUCGUCGUCGUCGUCGUCGGAAACGGAAGAAUCGGACGGCGGUGUGGCGACGGGUGCGGGUGAGGCAGACGGCUUCGCGACAAAGGGCACCAAAGCGACUACGACGCAGGAGAGAGGCACCAUGAUGUCGUUCCCCUCGAUCGAGCUGCACGGCAUCGAAGUGAUUCAAGUUUCGAGCCUCGGCGUCAGCGUCAAAUGCGAGCGGUGCAAGACGGUCAACGACAUGACAGGCCUGAAGCCGGGCACGGAGAAGGUGUCGAGCUGCAAGAAGUGCGCCACCCAGCUGACGGCCACCUUCCACCAGCGGCUCGUGCACCAACACUCAGCAAGGGCCGGAUUCCUGGACCUCUCCGGCUGCAAGGUGGCCGACAUGCUGCCGAGCAGCUUCGUGCCGACGUGCUCGACGUGCUCGACGGCCGGCCAAGGCCUCGUCUCGGUGCGGGGCGAGAGCACGACCAACGUCUGCCGCGAGUGCCACGGCAAGUUCACCUUUAAGAUUCCCGAGGUCAAGUUCCUCUUCAUCUCGGCGGGAUCGGCGCCGCCGCCGACCAUGGGUCCGCGGCGGAAGAUGGAGAAGCUCGGCCUGCAGGCGGGCGAGCCGCUCCCGGGCCGCGGCACGUGCGAGCACUACCGCAAGUCGUACCGCUGGUUUCGCUUCUCCUGCUGCAGCAAGGUGCACGCGUGCGACCGGUGCCACGACGAGGCCGAGGACCACGUCAACGAAUGGGCCAACCGGAUGAUCUGCGGCUGGUGCAGCAGGGAGCAGCACUUUUCCGUCACCGCCUGCUCCUACUGCGGCCGCAGCGUCGUCGGCCGGAAGGGCAAGGGCUUCUGGGAGGGAGGUCGAGGCACGCGAGACCAGCGGAUGAUGAGCAGAAAGGACCCGCGCAAGUACAAGCGGCUUGGGCCGCCGAAGAAGGAGACGACAUAG